CAAGCUCACCCAGCAAUCAGAAAUCCAGAGACAACGGAAGACCUGAACCGGAUACCGUACUCCGCCGAGCAAGCAUCUAACACAAGACGAUGGAGAUCCGAGCUGGAACCCGCAGGAGCCCUCCCUCUCCCAUGGCGCCGCCGCCUCUGCUUCUCCUCCUGCUCCUCCUUCUCGCCGUAUCCUCCUGUGCCUCCGCCGCCGCCUCUACCGGAGCUCCGGUGGUGGGGGAGGACUACGUCCGGCCGCCGGCCCGGCGCCACCGCAAGGCCCUCCUCAGCCUCUUCCCGUGGAGCAAGAAGAAGGCCUCCUCCUCCUCUUCGGAUCCGCAGCAGGUGCACAUUUCACUAGCUGGAGAAAAGCACAUGAGAAUAACCUGGAUUACCGUUGACAACUCUGUCCCCUCUGUUGUGGACUAUGGAAUUAAAGCAGGUGCAUACACAUUCACAUCUCAAGGAGAAAGCACAUCCUAUAGUUAUUUAUUAUAUAGCUCAGGAAAGAUCCAUCAUGUUGUUAUUGGACCUCUUGAAGACAAUGCUAUUUAUUACUACCGAUGUGGAGGGCAAGGUCCAGAAUUCCAAUUUAAGACACCUCCCUCCCAAUAUCCAUUGUCAUUGGCUGUUGUUGGUGAUCUUGGGCAGACUAGUUGGACGACAUCAACCCUGAAUCACAUCAAACAGUGUGAACAUGAUAUGCUUUUACUCCCUGGUGAUCUCUCUUAUGCUGAUUAUAUGCAGCAUUUGUGGGAUUCUUUUGGCACGUUGGUGGAGCCACUUGCUAGCACCCGGCCUUGGAUGGUGACGGAAGGCAACCAUGAGAAGGAGCACAUUCCAUUUCUUGAGUCAGGAUUUCAAUCAUAUAAUGCACGAUGGAAAAUGCCUUUUGAAGAGAGUGGAUCCACAUCAAAUUUGUACUAUUCGUUUGAAGUUGCAGGGGCCCAUAUUAUAAUGCUAGGUUCGUACACAGAUUAUGAUGAAAGCUCAGAUCAGUAUGCUUGGUUCAAGGCUGAUCUUGCUAAGGUUGAUAGAAAGAGAACUCCAUGGCUCAUCGUAUUGCUGCAUGCGCCAUGGUACAAUAGCAAUUGGGCUCAUCAGGGUGAAGGUGACAGUAUGAUGGCUACAAUGGAGCCUUUGCUUUAUGCUGCUCAUGUGGAUAUGGUAAUAGCAGGUCAUGUGCAUGCUUAUGAACGCGCGGAACGAGUCUACAAUGGUAGACUUGAUCCUUGUGGAGCUGUUCACAUAACUAUUGGGGAUGGUGGAAACCGUGAAGGCUUGGCCCACAGGUACCGAAAUCCGAAACCAGCUUGGUCAGUCUUCAGGGAAGCAAGCUUUGGGCAUGGGGAGCUAAAGAUCCUGAACUCCACUCAUGCCCACUGGACUUGGCACAGGAAUGAUGACAAAGAACCAGUGAGAACGGAUGACGUGUGGAUAAACUCACUGGCUGGUUCUGGGUGCAUCCAGGACCACAGCCGUGAGUUACGGAAAGUUCUAAUGUCUCCUUGAGUGCCUGCCAUGUACUGUAUAUAUGUGUAUUACUUGGUGAACUUAAUCGAGAAAACGUUUUGCUGUAUAUUGUAGACUGGUUUAUCAAGAGAUUGUUGCUUGAGUACUCUUGUUGCUUCCAGGCAACAUUUCUGUAUGCUAGAUGUUGUAACAGACUGAAAAUAACAUUUCAGUAACGAGUGUGUGACAUAGUCACUGAAUGGAAGCAAGAAUGAAAGCAA